CACCUAGUGCAAAUUAGCCUCUCGAUCGUAGGCCUGAAAAGCAAAGUUAAAGAAACCGGCCAUGGCAAACCUCUGUUUCUUCCUCUCCUCCCUUCUAGUCCUAGCAGCCCUGGACAGUACCCACGCAGUGAGGUACAUUAUCGUGAACCGGGCCGAAACAACUCCAGGCGGUAUCCGGUUCGAUAAUGAGCUGGGCGUCGACUACACUCGAAAUACAAUGAUGUCUGCCACCAACUUCAUCUGGAAAAUCUUUCAACAAAGCAACGAGACAGAUAGAAUGAGAGUCCAGCGUGUGUGCCUCUUCGUCGAUGAUAUGGACGGGAUCGCGUACGCUAUCAACGACGAAAUUCACGUCGGUGCCAACUAUAUUGGAAACAUAACGAUGGAUAUCGAGUGGGAUUUCAGUGGAGUGCUCUACCAUGAAUCGACACACAUAUGGCAGUGGAAUGGUAACAAUCAGGCUCCAGGAGGAUUGAUCGAAGGAAUUGCUGAUUUUGUGAGGUUGAAGGCUGAUUAUGCGCCUCCUCACUGGGUGCAGCCAGGAGGUGGAGAUCGGUGGGACGAGGGCUACUCGGUGACGGCGCGGUUUUUAGACUAUUGUAAUGAUCUUAUGGAUGGGUUUGUAGCAAAACUCAACAAAAAGAUGAGAGAUGGCUAUAGUGACAACUACUUUGUGGAGCUGACAGGAAAGACAGUUGAUCAGCUUUGGAGUGACUACAAGGCCUACUAUGGAGAUUAGUCUAUAAAUGUGACUAAGAUGAUUGAGAUGCAGUGUACGUUAAUUUGUUAUCAUCGCAAAAUAAAUAUACUUUUGAUCUGUGAUA